AUGUUGUUCCAUGUCUUUUUGAGAGAAGAUGUUGACGUAGCUAUCUAUGAAGUUGGAGUUGGGGGUGAGCUAGACUCAACAAAUGUUGUUGAACAGCCAGCAGUUACUGGUAUCACUAGCCUUGGGAUUGACCAUGUUGCUGCACUUGGUGAUACCAUUGACAGGAUAGCAUGGCAUAAAGCUGAAAUCUCUAAGCAGGGUUGCCUAGCUUUCACAGUCAAACAGGUACCUGAGGCCAUGGAGGUACUCAAUCAACGGGCAGCAGAAAAACAUGUCGAACUUACCACAGUUGAGAUUGGUUCUCUACUUCAAAAUGUUGACAUCAAACCAGCAGAAGAUUUCCAAAGGAAGAAUGCCUCGUUGGCUGUCAAACUUUCAUUUACUAUACUGGAAAGGCUUGGGGCACUUCCUGAACAAUUUGUUCAGGGCCUCAAGGGUGUGGUGUAG